AGUCCCCUCUCUUUGUAUACUUCGCCUAAACUCUUCACACUAUCUUCAUUCCAAAACCCAAUCCUCUUAUCCACAAAAAAAAAGAACAGACUCUUUCCAUAGCAUCUCUAUUUUAGCAAUGGCUUCUGCUAAUGCUAUCUCUACUGCUUCUAUUAUUCCUUCUCCUUCUAAACAGGGGUCUUUGAAGAACAGGAGGGUCAACCAAUUGCAGGGACAGAAAUUCGGAAACAAAGGUGGAAAGAGCCGGUUUGUAGUAAAGGCCUGUGCUAAAGAAAUUGCCUUUGACCAGAAGUCUAGGAGUGCCCUUCAGGCUGGUAUUGACAAGCUUGCUGAUGCCGUCGGUCUUACACUUGGUCCUAGGGGAAGGAAUGUGGUGUUGGAUGAAUAUGGCACCCCUAAGGUGGUUAACGAUGGAGUGACAAUUGCUAGAGCUAUAGAGCUACCUGAUGCUAUGGAAAAUGCUGGGGCCUCUCUCAUCAGGGAGGUUGCAAGCAAAACCAAUGAUUCAGCUGGUGAUGGAACCACAACUGCAUCUGUUCUUGCUCGGGAAAUCAUUAAACUCGGUUUGUUGAGUGUUACAUCUGGUGCAAAUCCAGUGUCUUUGAAGAGGGGCAUUGACAAAACUGUACUGGGUUUGAUUGAAGAGCUAGAAAAGAAGGCUAGACCUGUUAAAGGUCGUGAUGACAUCAAAGCUAUUGCUUCAAUCUCUGCUGGAAACGAUGAAAGUAUUGGCACCAUGAUUGCUGAUGCUAUUGACAAAGUCGGUCCAGAUGGGGUCUUAUCCAUCGAGUCAUCCUCUUCCUUUGAGACGACUGUACAUGUUGAAGAAGGAAUGGAGAUCGAUAGAGGAUAUAUUUCCCCACAAUUUGUCACCAACCCUGAGAAGUUAAUUGCUGAGUUUGAGAAUGCUCGAGUCUUGGUUACGGAUCAGAAGAUCUCAGCUAUCAAGGAUAUUAUUCCCCUAUUAGAAAAGACAACUCAAUUACGUGCUCCUCUCCUCAUUAUUGCGGAGGAUAUCACCGGGGAAGCUCUGGCCACUCUUGUUGUGAACAAGUUGCGGGGUAUCCUGAAUGUUGCUGCCAUCAAAGCUCCUGGAUUUGGUGAAAGGAGAAAGGCUCUUCUGCAAGAUAUUGCCAUUGUGACAGGAGCCGAGUACCAGGCAACUGAUUUGGGCCUGCUCGUUGAGAAUACCCCAGUUGAAGCACUUGGAAUUGCCAGAAAGGUAACCAUUACCAAGGACUCAACCACCAUCAUUGCUGAUGCUGCAUCAAAGGACGAGAUACAGUCUAGGAUUGCUCAGCUUAAAAAGGAGCUGUCCGAGACCGACUCGGUGUACGACUCUGAGAAACUUGCUGAGAGAAUUGCCAAGCUCUCUGGAGGUGUUGCCGUCAUAAAGGUUGGAGCUGCAACAGAGGCUGAGCUUGAGGACCGCAAGCUUCGUAUUGAAGAUGCAAAAAAUGCAACCUUUGCUGCAAUUGAAGAGGGAAUUGUACCUGGUGGUGGCGCUGCUUUUGUUCAUUUGUCAACUUGUGUCCCUGCCAUUAAGGACAAGCUUGAGGAUGCAGAUGAAAAGUUGGGCGCUGACAUCGUUCAGAAGGCAUUAGUAGCCCCUGCAUCUUUGAUAGCACAAAAUGCUGGAAUUGAAGGGGAAGUAGUUGUGGAGAAGGUUAAGGAAGCUGAAUGGGAGAUGGGAUACAACGCGAUGACAGACAAAUAUGAGAAUCUCGUGGAAAAUGGAGUCAUUGAUCCCGCCAAAGUGACAAGAUGUGCAUUGCAGAAUUCAGCAUCAGUUGCAGGAAUGGUACUGACCACACAAGCCAUAGUGGUUGACAAGCCAAAGCCUAAAACCGCCGCACCUGCUGCUCCACAAGGGCUUACAGUGUGAUCACAAUAUAACGAACUUUGCUAGGAAAUUUUGUUGGUGUUGAGAUGAACAUUGACGUGUACGGGGCUGGCUUGUUCGGGAGAAAGGUUAGCAUAGAAGUAGAUGAGUGCAUUAUUAUUUUUAGCUGGCUUUUUCUGAAAGAGAACUUGUAUUAAAUGAAUAAUAUUGCUGCUCUUUACAUAAAGGCGAACGUCUAUCCUCUGGAAAGGGAUAAAAGCUUUAGUUAUUGAAGUUCAUUUUCUUAAA